GGGGAAGGGUGGAGUGGACGGAAAUGGAAGGGUGCUUUGGCCGGAAGGCGAGAGAAGCGACGGCGGCGGACAUGGAUGCUGAUAGAAUCUCGAGUUUGCCCGACGAGGUGAAGCAUCACAUUCUCUCUUUGAUACCGAACAUUAAGGAAGUUGUGAAGAUCAGUUCGCUAUCAAAGUCGUGGCUACGGACAUGGCGAUCUUUCCAGAUCACCGACUUCGACCAACAUCUCAUCCUACCGGACGAGUCCAGCGACCGCUUCAUCAGAUUCGUCGACGAUUACCUAAUGAGGUCCCAUGAGAUGCCGAGGUUCAGGCUCUCCGCGCGCGCGACCCCCGAAAUGGCUCCUCACGUCGACAGAUGGUUAGGUAUCAGUUUAGACUAUCAUGUUAAGGAGCUGAGCGUUAACAUCUUUAAGGUUCGCCAAAUUCCUGGCAAGUUUCUGUAUUCGAUUCCGGCAAGGGUUUUAUCUGCCGGGUUCAUGAAGAGCUUAACAUUGGAUGGUGCGGUAAAGAUUGAUGGGAUUAGCACUGUGAAUCUUCCUUCUCUGCUAUCGCUCCAUUUGUCACAUUCUCAUAUUGACAAUCAGAUGUUUCGUAGACUCCUUGGGGGCUGCCCCUUUAUUGAAGAUCUUUCUGUGUUCUGCUGCAGUCCCCUGUCUGAGAUCAAAGUCUUGAAUCUCAAUCAUCUAAAGAGAAUGAAGAUGACUAGCAUGCGUCCUGAUCUUAAGGUUGUCGGUAUUGAAGCACCGGGCUUAGAACGGUUUUGCAUGACUUACUAUUUUGAAACCGUGCAUUUAACAAUUCAUGUGAGUCCGAGUGUCAGAUGCUUAGAAUUCACGGGCCUCUACAAGACUGAUGAGUGGUUCUGUCAAUUCCUUUCUGAAUUGCCUCUGUUGGAGAGCUUGACACUCAAUGGGUGCAGAUUAUUGGAAAGAAUCUGGAUUUCAAAUCCACUCUUGAAGAAGAUUUUAAUAAUGAAUUGUGAUGACUUGCUGGAUAUAACAAUUGAUACUCCCAAGUUGUCGUCUUUCUCCUAUGAGGCCGAGACGACACUGCCAUCCAUAUGGACAAAGAAUCAUGGUUUAGGUUGUGCUGUUGGAUUCAGAUUUUAUUUCUGGCGGGAGCCUACUACCCUAUGGUUCCAGGAGCUCCAGAAUUUCCUCACUGAAUGGUCUACUGCAUUUAGAUGCCCCGAGUUAACCGUACAUCUCUAUCAGAAGAGGGACGAAGGAUUGAAAGAUGAGGUGAACAAGAAUGUGGCUCUAUCAGCACCCGGGAUACUACAUUUGAAAUUAUUAGUGCUUGGGCCACCCCAGUCGAGCUACCCUCUUAUUCUGGAUGGCUUAUUUUCAACUUGCCAUCCUGCAACUUUUAUUGUCAGGGCAAGAUACCCUUUGCUAGAGUUCAUCUGCGAGGCACUCGCGAACAGGGAAGAGAAUGGAGAUGGUUCUUUGGGUGACGUUGAGUGCUGGAAGCACGAGCUUAAAGAUGUGAAGAUUGAAUCGUUUGAGGGUAACCAACAUGGUUUACCUUUGGACCAAGGCACCAUACACGGUUUGUUGCCUGUCAUAUCCACAUGGAAUACAGUUUGUUUUAGAAUGCAAUGGGGAGAUUAGCGAUGCGAUGGUGCCCGAAGAUGAAGACCAAUGUCUUCUUAUAAGGAAUGCACGUGCUCGUAUCUGUCGCGCUAAAUUCAGAGCAACCUGCUCUCUUGAUAGCUAUGAGAUAUCUCUCUGUAUAUACUAGGCUUACAGUCUUGUGGUUGCUCUUGUUAAUACAAAAUCAUCCACGCAUUGCUCCUUGAAGGACUUUGUUAGGACAGAAACACUAGACACCAGGUCAUUCAUCGAGGUUGCACUUCACGGAUGUACAUAGCGGUAUCCUGAGGGAAAUUUGGUCUUGGAAGUUGGAAGAGCCAUGAAUUCUGUACAGCCAAUGUGGUUGAAUAGUCCUUCCUAUUAUCUUUGCAUAUGCCUCUGUAAAAUGUAAAUGAAGCACCAAAUUUUACUACUGAGAAAUAUCUCCUUAACCAAAUUUUCUAAUUC